AUGCCAGGCGCGAGUGCCGAGGGCGGCGUGCUGGCUCCUUCUCGCCUCGUGCUCUGCGAUUUGCCGUCUGGUGCGCUGCACCAGGCCCUCUCGUUCCUCGAUGGCGUCGGGCUCGGCCGGUGGGAGACGACCUGCGCGCCACUGGGUGGCCUCGUCGCCGAGGACCUGUGGCGCGGCAUCGUGCUCCGCUGCUGGGGCUGGCUGCUGCGCCAGAAGCCGCCCUCGUCGAGCUGGAAGGCGCUCUGCGUGCGGCUGCACACGGGCGCGAGCAGCUGCUUCUGCGUCGUGGGAGCGGGCCCCCGGGCCGGCGCCAGCUGCGCACACGGCCUCUGGCCCCCCGCCGGCGCGGCCGGGCCUGGGGCGCGCGGCCGCUGGGUGCGACUGCCCGCGCCGGCCGAGACCCGGGAGAUGGCGGGCGUGGUGCGCAGCGCCGCGGGCAGCGUGGUGGUCGUGGGGGGCACGAGCCCGCGCGUCGACGAGCGGGGCCGGCUGGGCUUCAGGACGCUCGCGAGCGCGGAGAGCUGCACGGACGGCGUGUGGUCGCCGCUCGCGGCGAUGAGGGAGCCGCGCUGCUGCUGCUCCGCCGCGCUCGACGCCCGCGGUGGCGUCUUCGUCGUCGGCGGCGGGACCAGCAUGUACCGCGGCGCGGCGUGCUUUCGCACCGUUGAGUACCUUCCUUCCCUGGAUGGCGUCUGGCAGGAGGCGCCGGCGAUGGUCAGCAUGCGCUGUGCCGUCGGCGUCGCCAUAAGCCACGAGACGAGCCGACUCUUCGCCUUCGGCGGCUACAGCGGCGUGACAUACCUCGAGACGUGCGAGGCGCUCGAGCUGCACGGGUCCGCGAGUGCACGCUGGACACUGCUGCCGCCCAUGACGUGCAAGCGUGCCGGCUGCAACGCGGCGUGCGGCCCCGACGGCCGCGUGCUGGACGUGCGCACCAGCGCGUGGCAGCUCUCCCGCUCGAGGCUCCGGUGGGGGCGCCACUACAACGCGGCGGCGUUUGGGCCCGACGGCCUGCUCUACGUGUCGGGCGCGUUCCGGCACACGGGCCAGCUGGACGUGGUCGAGCGGUACGACCCACGCAUCGACAGGUGGGAGGAGCUCUCGCCGAUUGGGACCGUGGUGAAUUUCUCAGCGGGCACCUUCGUGUUCUGA